UGCUUGUGAACCCUAACGCUCGUACUUGUCUCGUCAUCGUCAUGGACACUCACCAUUUGGAUGAAGCUUUGGCCGCAAGUCACCUCUUUAGAUAUCAAUUUCAAAUUAUUAUUUUUCUCUUAGUAAUUGUUAUUUAAAAAAACACACAACAUAUGAAUUUUUAUUCUUCUAACUACUAAAAAUCGGGUAUGAUAUUUUGUAAAUUGUUGAGAUACUGAAUCUUCCGGAUUUGAAUCAUCAAAUAUAUAUGCAUGACAUUGUUCCUGCUAAAAAGAUGCAUAUACGAAAAAGCAGGGCCGUCUCAAUUUCUUUUUGGACCCUGUUCGAAAAGUAUUAAUAAUAUAUUUAAAAUAUAAUAAAUAGUUUUAGAAAUUAAUAGUUCUAUUUAUAUAUGUUUAACAAUUUUUUUAUAAAUUAUAAACUCUAAACUAGUCAAUACUAUAUCACAUUUUGAAGUUUUAAACUAUAAUUUAUGUAUAUAUUGUUGAAAGAUUCUUAAUUUUUUUUAUUUUUAUACUUGGACCCUGUUCGACUGCACCACUUGCGCGUGCUAUUAGACGGUCUUGUACGAAAGUAUAUAGAUCGAUUUUCCUCAUGAAAUAUUUUUCUUAUACUUUUUACCACUCUUAUUUAAAAAGUGAUAACUUGUAGAUUUGCAUAUCUAAUCUAUUAAUAGUCAUUAAUUUUUUUUUUACUUAAAACAGAAGUCACAAUAUUUUUGUUUUCUACCAAUUUAUUAUUUAAUAUAAAUUAUAUGUUUCUUAUUUAUAUCUUAAUUUAUGUGAAAAAACAGUCUAAAUAAUUUAUAGUUUAAUAAUUCUACACCACUCAAAAAUAGCUGUUGGGAACAAGUAUUAGAAAAUAAUUAUCAUUUUAUAUAAAAAUAGACAAAUUAGGUUUGAAUAAAAAUCAUCAAACUAUAUUUACCACAACUUAUUAAUAAAAUACAAAAUUAAUAUUUCAAAACUUAUUUUUGUGGUCAAUCUUCAAAAUGUAAAAUUUUAAUUAAAAUAGAAAAUUGUUAAAUACCUUUAAAUCGACGUAAUCUUCCUCUUUCUUGUCCCAAAAAAAAAAUCUUCCUCUUUUUAUUUAUUUCCUUAUAUCGUGCAUUAUUUCUCAUUCUCAGUUCUCUCGCACCCUUUGGUAAAAAUAUAUAUAAAAUUUGACCUAUUUUAUAGCCUCCCCAUCUGUUAUAUUUUUGCUGCAUCUCUGGGUUCCUCAUUUACGCGUCCCUUCAUUAUAUUCUCUCUAAUGCAUUGCUUCACGAUUAAAAGCAAACCAAAGCUUUGAUUUUUAUGUAUAUUCAAGGGUAAAUGGUCAGCAAAGAAAUGGGAUCAAGCUCUAGUCUUAAGCAAGGUCCAGUACCAAUGGACAAUGUUCACAUUACACCUGAAGCAACCUAUGAAGCUGUGGUUGCAGAUCCUAAACUCUUCAUGGGUUCCUUGGAGAGGAUUCACUCUCAAUUGGGUACUAAAUUCAUGGUUCCGAUUAUAGGAGGGAAAGAUUUGGACUUGCACAAGCUUUUCAUUGAGGUAACCUCUCGUGGUGGAAUUAUUAAGAUAAUUCAUGAAAGGAGAUGGAAAGAAGUAACAUCUAAGUUUGCCUUCCCUGCAACAGCAACAAACGCAUCAUAUGUCAUGCGCAAAUACUACUUCUCACUGCUUAAAAACUAUGAACAAAUCUAUUUCUUCACAUCUAAUAGCCACAUUCCUCCAGACUCUCUCCGGAACCAAUCCACUGUGAUGGGACUUGGAACCAUAAGACCUCCACAAGAACUUCAAGCUCCACAACCAAGGAUUGAUUUUGGAGGACAUUUAACUGGUCCAAAUGUGAUUGGAGUGAUCGAUGGAAAAUUCGAAGACGGUUACCUUGUAACUGUGACAAUGGGAACAAAGCAGCUUAGAGGAGUUCUCUAUGAACUUCUUCCUCAACAGAGUCAUUGUAGCUUCCCCAACACUAAUGCCAAUCCUCAAGUGGUUACUACAAAGCGUCGAAGGAGAAGAAAGAAGUCAGAGAUCAAAAGACGUGACCCUGCUCAUCCCAAACCCAACAGAAGCGGUUAUAACUUCUUCUUCUCCGAUCAGCACGCUAGGCUGAAGCCUCUUAACCCUGGUAAGGACAGGGAGAUCAGCAGGAUGAUUGGUGAGCUCUGGAACAAGCUCAACGAGCAAGAGAGAUUGGUUUACCAAGGGAAGGCGAUGGAGGACAAAGAGAGGUAUCUGAUUGAGAUGGAAGAGUAUAGAGAGAAGCUUAGGACAGGACAGCUGAUGAUAAGUAACGCUGUUCCAUUGCAGCAGAUGCUUCCUCCAGAGGUGAACUUAGAUAUGGCUGCUGAAGCUGAUCUUGUAAUAGAAGAAGAUGAAGAAGGUGAUUCAAGCGAUUGCUCAGGAGAAAGCGAGCCACGUGAUGAUGAUCGUGAACUGGAGGAGCCAGCUCUGAAUCGUUUAGGUCUAAACCUUAACUCUAAUAGGACUGCUAUAGUGGUGGGCGAUGUUGUGAUGGAAACAUGUCCGAGUAAGAAACCUGAAGAGCCAGAGUGUGGUGGUGGCUGCUGCUGA